AUGGAUGAUAAGGACAAAUAUGCAAACCAUUUGAGAAGAAAAAUAAUAAAAUUUUUCAAUUUAAAAAAUGAAGAAUUAGAUUUAAGUUACAUUAAAUCCAUACUCAACUGUAAGUCAUAUGAUCUAUACGGAUCUAUAUAUCUCAUCAAUGAAUCAUUUUAUGAAAAUAGUAAAAAUGUAAAGUGCACCCUUAACUCUGUUCAGAAAUUUACACAAGAUUUGGUAGACGACAAAAACAAGUUCAUAUCAUCACCGCAGGAUCACCCAAUUGGCCAAACAACACGCAUCAACGGGAUCGGAAGUGGAGACUUAAGCGGAAAUGGAAACGCAAGAGCAAGUGCAAGCGGACAAGCAAAUGCAGACGAAAAAGCAAGUGCAAGCAAAAAAACAAAUGCAAGCAAAAAAACAAAUGCAAGCAAAAAAACAAAUGCAAGCGAAAAAAAAAGCGCAAGCGAAAAAACAAAUGCAAGGCACCCUCAUGUGAAACACAUAGAUGAGGACUAUACACCUGGGAACAAUCUCAGUCGGAAUGAUUUUAAAGGAAGAAGCAUAAACAGCUACUUUGAGCAAGUCUUUAAAAGAGAAGAUGAAAAAUCCAAGAAGAAGGUGGGGGAUGGUGUCAUGCCAUAUAAGGAAAAAUUUGUGGGCGACCCUCUAAAUCCAGCAUGUCUGGAAACUUGGGAGAAACAAACGGGAGGAAAUAACAGGGAGAGAGAAAAACUGGAAGCUCGGUCAAAAAAAAUCACCAUGGAUAUUUCCACGCGUGAUAGGGACCUCGUCCUAGGUGAAAUGAUAACGUGCACAAAGGAAACAGAGCAAAAAAAGAUACACACAAAUGUUAACGGAAAAAAGUACAAUGGAGGAUUUAACAACUCACCGAAUGUAAACCUGCCAUACGAGAAAAGUUUAGAAAGCGAAAAAUCGAAAGAGUUGGGGGGCAUAAAAGAACCACAUCACGCUGAAAUCUCCAAUAGGGACAAAUCUGUUCAAUUCAAAAAUGGCCAAGAAAGGGAGAAAAGGGAGAAUGACUAUUUUUCAUUCUUCAACGUAAAAGAAAAUUUGUAUUCAUUAAAAAGUGUGAUAGAGUUCAUAGAAUGUGAUGACGCUAAACUUGAUGAAUCGAAUGAUAACCACAUGGAGGAAAAAGAAAAAAAAAAAAAAAAAAAAAAAAAAAAGAGCACACAAAUUUGCAUGUGUAACGGAAGAAACCAUCAAGUAUAUGCCAAUUGUUUAAUAUGUGGAAAAAUUUACUGUACUAAAAUAAAAUACAGACAAUGCAUUUUUUGUGGAAAUCAAUUAUACAACGCUACAUUGAUCAGCAACCUGUUUCUUCCUGCGAAUAACUGUGAUAAUGCACAUAAGAAAAUCGAUGAAGCGAUCAAAAAAUCAGAUCCCUUUCUCUUCAAAAAUUAUUUCGACUCCAGUAAUGUCGCUCUGCAAAAAGCAUUCAACCUGAGGGACAAAAUGCUAAAAAAUUCAGCCAACGAAGAACACACAAAAAUAAUAGAUGAUAGUAUUGAUUGGUUUGAAGAUGACAUUAAAAGGGAGUUCAACAAUUCAGAUGUUCACUUCUCCAACUAUGAUGAUGAAAUAAAAAAUGAAAUUAUAAACAAAUAUUAUGAAAUUUUCGGGAAAAAAUUUGGAGACAUUAACAUCGAUAUCGAUUUGGUGAAAAUGAAAAUAACGGAAAACAAAGAUCAUUUGAAAAUCAAAGAAUUUAAUGAUUAUCUAAAUGAACGAGAAAACGAUUACAAAAAUAUGAGAGAACUUAAAAAAGCAAGUGAUAUUAAUACGAGUAAUAUUCACAAUUAUUUGGUUCAUAAAGAAAGGAAAAAUUUAAAUUACAUAAACGACUUGAGGAAGUUAUUUUUCGUUCAAGGGAACAUGAGCAAGGUGGAUGCCACUAACAAGGUGGAUGUCACUAACAAGGUGGACGAGCAGAUUGUCGCAUGUUCAAUGGAUCCUACAGUUUCAGCUAAAAAUAGGGAAACAAAUCCAUUUGCAAAAAUAAGAAAAGGUAAUCAAAAUUACACAUGUCAUGUGCUGAGCAUGAGUGAUGAGGAAUAUGAAGAUGUACCAUAA